AUGCCCAAGCUGGUGGAGUGGCACAAUCGAGUGGAGAAAACUGUGGGGAAGGAGCUUUUCCAGGAAGCACAUAAAGUGAUCCUGAAUUUCCAAGAUUUGAACAGCAUGCUGAUUGAGCCACAACUAAAAGAGCAAAUGAAACCUAGGCUGCUGAAGAUGGUGGCCUGAAAUGUUUAUUUAAAAAAAUGCAGGAAGGAUGGGUCUGGAGCUCUACCUGGAUUUGCUUUCCCAGCCCUGCCGAGCGGUCUACAUCUUCGCAAAGAAGAACAACAUCCCCUUUGAGUUCAAGCAUGUGGAGCUGUUCAAAGAUUCCAUUCUGGGGAGGAAAAUGCCAGAUGGCAAUAAUCCUGGACACUCACACGAAGGGCAACACUGUAGAGGAGAGUUUGGCAAAAUGAACAUCCUAAAGAAAGUGCCAGCACUAAAGGAUGGAGUCUUGACUUUAGCAGAGAGCACUGCAAUUCUUCUGUAUCUGAGCUGGAAGUACAACACCCCUGAUCACUGGUACCCAUCCGACACACAGAAACGGGCCCAAGUAGAUGAAUACUUGUCAUGGCAUCAUACCAACAUCCGGGGUAAUGCUGGCAAGGCCUUGUGGAUCAAGGUGCUCAUUCCCCUCUUUACAGGCCAGACAUUGCCUCCGGAGAAGCUGCAGGAGGUUAUGGAUGAGCUGGCUAUUUCUCUGAAGCAGUUUGAGGAGAAAUUCCUUCAGGACAAGCCGUUCAUCGUGGGCAGUGAAAUCUCCCUGGCAGACCUAAUGGCUAUUGUAGAGCUCAUGCAGCCCAUUGGAGUAGGUUGUGACAUCUUUGAAGACAGACCCAAGCUGUCAGAAUGGCGCAACCAGGUGGAGGAAGCUGUGGGGAAAGAGCUCUUCCAGGAAGCACACGAGCUUAUCCUGAAUAUCAAGGAACUCAGCAACAUCCAAAUUGACCCACAGCUGAAAGAGCAUCUGGCGCCUGUGCUGAGGAAAAUGAUGAAAUGAGUUAACGUUCUGGUGCCAUUUGAUCUGCAGCUUUCCACCAUCUUGCUCCCCAAACCCCUCUCCAGCACUAUGAGUAAGUGCCCUUCAUAAGGAGGAAAGAAUACUGCAGCACUUUCCAUGUGGAAAAUGCAACCCUCCCUUAGUCCAUUGUCCUCAGGGACAGAAGCUGGGGAAAUCUUAGAAUCUGAAGCUAUAAAUUCACAGGAAGCAUCUGAGAACAAAUAAACGGGCAACAAAUCUUCUUGGGGCAGGGGGCUUUGUGACUUUUUUGUUGUCAUAUUUGCUUUUAGGUGAUCUGUAGCAAUAACACAUAAACCUUCUGGAACUACAGCAAAAUUAAGGAGGCAGUGAUGAGAAAACUAUUCAAAGACUUUGGAUUCCGCUGAAAACACUCAAUUGUGAAAGAAUCCUAAAUGGGUGGAAUCUGUAUUUCAGUAUGCUUAUAUUCAUGAUUUCCUGUUGUCUUUGAACUUUAUCCUGAAGUCCUUGCUUAGGCAAAACUUUCUCCCCA